AUGGUCCAGGGAACUCGGGUCAAUGGUCCUUCACAAGCUGAACAACUUCUUCGAGUCACUUCUGGUAUUGCUGCAGAGCUCAUCAAGGCUCACGAUGCGAAUGAAACCGUGUCCUUGAACGUUAUUCGUGCAAAGAUCAGUAAAAAAUAUUCCUACGGAGGUGUUCCUAGGCUGGUGGACAUAAUCAGUGCUAUACCGGAUGAUUAUAAAAAGGCUCUACUGCCAAAAUUGAAGGCGAGACCAAUUAGGACUGCUAGUGGGAUCGCGGUCGUUGCUGUGAUGUGCAAACCUCAUCGAUGUCCCCAUAUCGCCAUGACAGGGAACAUAUGCGUAUAUUGCCCAGGAGGGCCCGAUUCUGAUUUUGAUUACAGUACGCAAAGUUAUACAGGGUACGAGCCGACUAGUAUGCGAGCCAUACGAGCAAGAUAUGACCCCUAUGAGCAGACUCGAGGGCGGGUGGAACAGUUGAAGGCUUUGGGGCACAACGUUGACAAGGUAGAAUUUAUCAUCAUGGGUGGAACAUUCAUGAGCAUGCAGGAAGACUAUCGGGCGAAAUUUAUCGCUCAACUGCACAAUGCUCUUUCCGGGUUUACAGGGCUCGAUGUGGACGAGGCCGUAAGGUUCUCGGAACAAAGCAAAUCAAAGGCGAUUGGCAUAACUAUUGAGACCAGGCCGGAUUAUUGCCUACGACCUCAUCUCAGCCAAAUGCUUCGGUACGGAUGCACUCGACUUGAGAUCGGCGUUCAGUCAGUGUACGAGGACGUCGCGCGCGACACCAAUCGGGGUCACACUGUUCGUGCUGUCUCUGAGUCAUUCCACUUGGCAAAGGACGCUGGUUUCAAAGUUGUAGCACAUAUGAUGCCUGACCUCCCCAAUGUUGGCCUUGAGAGGGAUUUAGACCAGUUCAAGGAAUACUUCGAAAACCCUGCCUUUCGAAGUGAUGGGUUGAAGAUUUAUCCAACCUUGGUCAUUCGUGGAACAGGGUUAUACGAGCUGUGGAGGACAGGACGAUAUAAAAACUACACACCCAAUGUAUUGGUGGACGUUGUCGCAAGAAUCUUGGCCUUGGUGCCACCCUGGACGAGAGUCUAUCGAGUGCAAAGAGAUAUACCCCUACCUCUCGUCACCAGUGGAUGCGAGAACUCUGGUAAUCUCCGAGAACUGGCUCUGAACCGAAUGAAGGAUUUCGGUGCAGAAUGCAGGGACGUACGAUUCCGCGAAGUUGGGAUUCACGAAAUUCAUCAUAAAGUACGACCUGAGUCUGUGGAACUCCUUCGACGGGACUAUGCUGCGAAUGGAGGCUGGGAAACGUUCUUGUCGUAUGAGGACCCGGAAAGAGACAUUCUCAUAGGUUUGCUAAGAUUGAGGAAGUGUUCGGAGGAGGGUACAUUCCGACCAGAGUUGGUGAAGAAGGAAGGCGAUGAGGGUGGGUGUAGUAUUGUGCGAGAGUUACAUGUGUAUGGGACAGCAGUCCCUGUUCAUGGAAGGGAUCCGACCAAGUUUCAACAUCAAGGCUUUGGAACUUUACUAAUGGAAGAGGCAGAGCGUAUUGCAAGAGAAGAACAUGGUAGUGUCAAGUUGGCCGUCAUUUCCGGCGUGGGCACGAGGGACUACUAUCGCAAGUUGGGCUACGAGCUGGAUGGUCCCUAUAUGAGCAAGUCACUGUUGUAG